CUCAUCGCAGCUUGCGACCAAGCCAUUCGAGUCGAUCACACCACACGCGCCGUCGUUAAGCCCAAGAAAGAAGAUGUUCGGCUUCGGGCACCACCACAGCCAGGCGCCGCCGUCGUCCGGCCCGAACCAGAUCUUCAAGAUCUUCUGCCGCGCCUCCGAGGACUAUGUCCUGGCCGUCCGCGACGGCGAGGUCGUGCUCGCCCCCGUCAACCCCAAGGACGACACCCAGCACUGGCUCAAGGACAUGCGGUUCAGCACCACCGUCAAGGACGAGGAGGGCAUGCCGGCGUUCGCGCUCGUCAACAAGGGCACCGGCCUCGCCGUCAAGCACUCCAUCGGCCAGUCCCACCCCGUGAAGCUGGUGCCGUUCAACCCGGCGUACGAGGACGCGUCGGUGCUGUGGACGGAGAGCAAGGACGUGGGCAAGGGGUUCCGCUGCAUCCGCAUGGUCAACAACAACCGCCUCGGCUUUGACGCCCUCAACGGCGACAAGGACCACGGCGGCGUGCACGACGGCACCACCAUCGUGCUCUGGGAGUGGUGCAAGGGGGACAACCAGUGCUGGAAGAUCCUGCCAUGGGCCGAGGCGCACGCCGCCGUCGACUCCGGCGCCUGUGCCGGCAACGGCGGAGGGCCACCCGUGCACGCCGUGCGCAUCUUCUCCAAGGCCAGCGAGGAAUACAGCCUCACCGCCCGCAACGGCACCGUCGUCCUCGCGCCCACCAACCCCAGAGACGAGUACCAGCACUGGAUCAAGGACAUGAGGCACGGCAGCAAGAUCAGGGACGAAGAAGGGUACCCUGCCUUCGCCAUAGUGAACAAGGUCACCGGCGAGUGCAUCAAGCACUCCACCGGCCAGGGCCACCCGGUGAAGCUGGUGCCGUACAACCCGGGGUACCAGGACGAGUCGGUGCUGUGGACGGAGAGCCGCGACGUCGGCAAGGGCUUCCGCUGCGUGCGCAUGGUGAACAACAUCUACCUCAACUUCGACGCCUUCCACGGCGACAAGGCACACGGCGGCGUCCACGACGGCACCGAGAUCGUGCUCUGGAAGUGGUGCGAGGGCGACAACCAGCGCUGGAAGAUCCUCCCCUGGUCCGUCGGUCGCCAUGCAUUGUCCAGAUCGAGCAGCUAUCUAGCCAUGGAUUACUACCGUCGCCACGAGAACUACGGUGGGUAUGGAAUGGCAACACCGGGGUACGGGAUGGCAACUCCGGGGUACGCGCCGCCGGUGCCAUACGGCAUGUCUCAGGUGAACAUCGAGGGCAACUGCGGUGGCCGUACCCUGCCGCCGCAGCCCACGGUGAAGGUGUACUGCCGGGCCAACCCCAACUACGCCAUGUCCGUCCGCAACGGCAAGGUCGUGCUCGCGCCGGCCAACCCCAAGGACGAGUACCAGCACUGGAUCAAGGACAUGAGGCACAGCACCAGCAUCAAGGACGAGGAGGGGUACCCGGCCUUCGCCCUGGUGAACAAGGCCACAGGGGAAGCCAUCAAGCACUCCCUUGGCCAGUCCCACGCUGUUCGGCUUGUGCCUUACAACCCUGACUUCCUGGACGAGUCGGUGCUGUGGACGGAGAGCCGGGACGUGGGCAACGGCUUCCGCUGCGUGCGCAUGGUGAACAACAUCUACCUCAACUUCGACGCCCUCAACGGCGACAAGUACCACGGCGGCGUCCGCGACGGCACCGAGGUCGUGCUCUGGAAGUGGUGCGAGGGCGACAACCAGCGCUGGAAGAUCCAGCCUUACUACUGAUGGAACCACUGAAUAUGACUGAACCAGCCAUGCUUGGUCCGCACGGAGCAUACGUAUUACUGGUACUGCAGAGCGAUGCCUCCCUACACUCAAGAAUAUCGGAGCCGUCGUCUACUGCCUUCCGAUGAUGCGAUCCACGCUGAUGAUAUACAGAAGGUCGGACGACAAGAGCUCGUGUGCGGGCACCAGACGCUAGCUGUUGUGCUUGUACGUGUAAUGAUAAUAAGUUAAUAGUAUGUCAAUAAAGUAACUUUGAGUGUGAUUCCUUCAAA